UAAAAUUUAAAUUCAUAAUUUGGUGGGAAUUAGCCGUAGCCAUUUGAAAUUUGCGACUGACAGUGUCUCUUAAACCGAAGAACAAGUAACUCCCUUAUGCAACCAGGAAAGCAAAACAACGUAGACUAUGGAUAUAUAAAUUCUACCGGUGACCUUAAUGUUGAACAUGAAAGUUAUAAGAGGUUAGAAGACAAGGAGAAUACAGUGCAAGUUGGAACACUAUGUCAACAGAACAGUCUUGAAAAUAAAUACUGUUUAUCUAAUUCGGAACCAAGAAAGGGUUUGGAUUCUUCAUGUUCGGUAACACCGUUGACGAGAAAGAAUUUGGAAGUGGAAAAGAGAAGUUCUCGAGCAAACUCGAACCAAAAGACGGAAGAAGUAAAAGUUGAGAUAAUGAAGGAGGGGGACAAUGUGCAAGAAGUAUCCCUUAUUCAUCAAGAGUAUGCAACUAAAGAGGAUGAGGACUUGCAAACUAAUCCUCGUAGUUCCAAAGAAACAGUAGCUGAUAGCAAACCAAAACAGCUAGAAAGCACAGGAUUCAGUAAAAAUGAGACAAACAGUUUGAAGGAGAGUUCAAGCAACCAAGCUACUGUUGAUAGGCAACCACAAGUUCGAUAUUGUUCUGGAAAUAACCCUUCCGACAGGACUUGGUCAUUAAAUGAUUUCGAUAUAGGAAAGCCUUUAGGAAGAGGCAAGUUUGGAAAUGUGUAUUUGGCAAGAGAAAAGAAGACAGAAUUUGUCGUUGCUCUUAAAGUUUUGUUUAAAAAUCAAUUGGCCGCUGCUGGAGUAGAAUAUCAACUUCGAAGGGAAACUGAAAUUCAAAGUCAUCUCCGACAUCCAAAUAUUCUACGACUUUUUGGUUAUUUUUACGAUAAGAGCCGAGUAUACCUCAUCCUAGAAUACGCUCCUGGAGGAGAACUUUAUAAGCUUCUUCAAAAGUCUGGCAGAUUCUCUGAAGAACAGACAGCGCAUUACAUUUGUUCCCUUGCACAUGCUCUCUGCUACUGCCAUCAUAAGCACGUGAUUCAUCGCGAUAUUAAACCAGAGAAUUUACUAAUAGGUGCAAAAAAUGAGCUGAAAAUAGCUGAUUUUGGCUGGUCAGUAUAUGCACCAGAUUCACGUCGUCAAACUCUUUGUGGUACCCUUGACUACCUCGCUCCAGAGAUGAUUGAAGGUCAGCAGCAUGAUGAAGCUGUGGACAUCUGGGGUUUAGGAGUCCUCAUGUAUGAAUUUCUUGUCGGUCGACCUCCAUUUGAAGCCUCCGGUCAGCAUGAGACAUACAGUCGAAUAACGAAGGUUGAACUCAAUAUUCCUGAAAAUAUCAGUGACCUGGCUAGAGAUCUUCUUCAACAUUUACUUGUGAAGGACCCUCGAAGAAGGAUCCCCUUUUAUCAAGUUCUUGAGCAUCCUUGGAUCCUCGAGCAUGUCCACAAAAUACCUCAUAUACCACAGAGUUGGAUUAAGAAAGAAAACAACACGACAUCAAAAGAAUUUUAACAAAAUGACUAACCGAAGUUUGUUUACU